UUAAACAAGCUUUAAUUUAUCUCUAUCUUUCUUUUUCGUUUUUUGUGGUUUCCCCAAUUAGAUUAUCAAACCCCUUUGUUACCCCUCGAGAGUCGUUAAUUAUAAUUGUCAAACAUGGCCGAGAAUCCGAUUCUGGGCAGUUGUUAUCUGAAUCUCCAUCUCUUUCUCGUCACUUCAUUUUUUGUGUGGUUUCAUGCCCUCUCUUCCUCCUACCAAGUACAGCAGCGUGGUACUCCGUACAAUUCCUUCACUAUUUCCAGCUUCAGCUACUCCAAAACUGAGCUCAAACCCUUCGAAUGGCGUUAUAUCAGAGUUGAUUUGCCUCCAUGGUUUUCUUCCAUGUCCAUCGCGUUGGAGUCAGAUGUAGACCUCGAUCCAGAAAGCAUUAAAAAUCCUAACAGCAGCAGGAUACCAAUGAUAUGCUUGCGAGAAGGCAGUCCCCCUCUGCCGGAUGCUUAUAACACUUCUUUGACGGGAUUAGUUUUAGAUUCUAUAUCAAAUGGAUCUUUUGGAGACAUACAAGAUCUCCAGAAUGCAGAGCUGUGCUACCCAAUGCAGAAAAAUAUAUCUCUGAAACUGACAAGUGAGCAGAUCUCUCCCGGAGUCUGGUAUUGGGGCCUAUUUAAUGGAAUUGGACCUGCAAGAACACAGUCAAAGAUGAUUAAUCGAGGUGCAACGUAUUCAUUCACUGGCAAUAUUAGCGUGGAAGGAUGCACAACCCCAGUGUUGGGGGGCCAAUAUUGCAACCAAACAGUUGAUCUGCUUUCAUGUGAUGACAGCUACAAUUUAACAGGAAAUCUUUCAGGCACCAACUUGAAUAAUCAAACUACAGAAAAUGUAGUUUUCUGCAGAAAUUCAAAUGGGGAUUCUUGUCAUGGAGGCAGUGAACAAAAAAUCUUCUCCCUGGAUGUAAUGGGGAUAACAGAACAGUUGACUAUAACAGCAACAGAUGUGAGACUGAAUGAAACAACUUCUUCCAAUGGUACUGUAAGUGGCAGUGGAAUAAUUUUGACAUGUUAUGCACGUCAUGGUGCAAUACCACUGCCCACUCGGCAUGAUUAUUCUACCAAUAUCAGUGUUGACCCUUUGGUUAUAGGCAUGCCAAAAGUUGGUCGCUGGUACAUUGCAAUUCAUCUUGUUAAUUUAUCAAAGGAAAUUGGAGAGAUUGAGAACAUGAACAUGAAGGUUUGCUACUCCUUAGACUGGCUAGUUCUUCAAUGUCCGGAGGAGAAGGCUGGAUUGAACUGUACAUGGGAAAGAUACAUGCUUCAGACAGUUCUCAGGAAGCAUUUCUCUGUCCCUUUCGAAUCUUAUUAUUUACCAAUGAGCAGAAAGAUUUCGCCAGAUUCAGCCAAUUUCCCUCUGGAACCCCUUUUAAGCAACUCCUCAGACGAGGGAAAGUCGGAUGUUGCUUGGACGUAUUUUCUUCUGGACAUUCCUUCUGGUGCUUCUGGAGGCAAUCUUCACAUUCGACUAACAUCAGAUGCAAAAAUAAAUUAUGAAGUGUAUGUGAGAUUUGGCGGAUUGCCAUCUCUCUAUACCUGGGAUUACUUCUAUGCUAACAAGACAAGCAACAGCAAUGGCUCGAUGUUUUUUAAGCUUUAUGAUUCGGAUGAUGAAACAGUUAGUUUCUAUGUGUUGUAUGUUAGAGGUGGACCCUGGAGUGUUGGAUUAAGGCACUCAAACCCCAGUAAUAGUUCUUCCAAAAGCCAAUCUAUCAUGUCCAUUUCACUAGAGAGAUGCCCAAGAAAAUGCUCCUCUCGCGGGUCAUGUCAGUCUGUUGUGGAUGCAAGUGGAUUAACAUUAUACAGUUAUUGCUCUUGUGAUCGGAACCAUGGAGGCUUUGACUGUAGUGUUGAAAUUGUAUCACGUCGAGGUUGUGGUUGCCACUUUCCACAUCAGGCUGAUGGUAGCAUACCAGGACACAUGUGGCAGUCAAUAUCCCUUAUUGCUUCCAAUGCUGCAGCUCUACUUCCUGCUUAUUGGUCACUUCGCCAAAAGGCAUUUGCAGAGUGGGUUCUUUUUAUGUCUAGUGGCAUCUCUAGUGGAAUAUAUCAUGCAUGUGAUGUAGGCACCUGGUGUCCAUUACCUUUUCGUGUUCUGCAGUUCAUGGAUUUCUGGCUCUCUUUCAUGGCUGUGGUGAGCACUUUCAUAUACCUAGCUGAUAUUAGCGAAGUAUCUAAGAGGACAAUCCACACCAUUGUGGCAAUUGUCACCGCCCUAAUGGCUGAAACUGGACCAACCAGAUCCUCCAAUAUUACACUUGUGAUAGCAAUUGGGGCUCUAGGUCUGCUUAUUGGGUGGCUGAUCGAAUUCUGUACAAAGCACAGGUCCUUUUCCUUCUCAGCAGAAUUCUAUCUGAAUAUCCUCGACAGGUUGCAAGCCAUGCAGGGAUGGCUCCUAAAUCUCAUUACAAUGCUUCUCAGACGGUUUCGCUGGGGAUUUGUACUUGCAGGAUUCACUGCCUUAGCAAUGGCUGCAAUUAGCUGGACACUAGAAUCCAGUGAAUCCUACUGGGUUUGGCACAGCCUGUGGCAUGUCACCAUAUACACUUCUUCCUUCCUUUUCCUGUGUUCGAAAGCAAAUACUGCAGAUCGCGAGGAUCGAAUGCCUCCAAACAUUAACUAUGAGUUAACGCGGCAGGAUUCUUCUUCAAGAGGUGCAUAGAAAGACAGGAAACAUAUUUAUACAAGGUAUCUUUUAAACUGUGCUAUUUUUUCCAGGAAAAAAGUGUCAAGGGAAGAGAAAUUAUCAUUAGGAAUUAGUAUUUUCUUGUCUUCUUCUUCUUCUUCUUCUUCUUCUUCUUCUCCAUCUCUUGUUCUUUCUGCGGGUGGCUUUAAGAAUAUGGGACCAAAAGUCACCAAACAAACAAAGAAUAUUGUUGUCUUCAGUUUUGUAAGCCUGCAGUAUUUCGUGUACAAUGUUCCAUAAUUCUUUUUGCUAACUUAAUAAUGGAAGGAUUACUUACAGAGCUUGUAAUUA